AUUCAAAGAAAGCAACAAGCUUUGAAGCCAUUCAAUCAAAACCCAGAAAGUUUCCAAGGAUUUCAAUUGAGUGUGGUUUUGCUGUGGGCUGAAGUCAGUGAAGUUAAUAGGAGCUUGUAACAGAUUUAUUCUGAGGGGGGAAAGCAAGCGGGAGCUUUUUUUUGGUGGCUUGAAUGCUUUGAAUUAUAUUGAUAUAUAGAUGGCGUUGAGGCGUUUAUUGGGGUUUUCGGAUGGUGAGCUGAUGCGCUCGGAUGCAAAGCCCUGUUCGAGAUUAAUGAGGCAGACAGCUGGGAUUUUUACCGUUGGAGGAGCAUUAGGGUUCUGGGUUCUUUGUAGACUCCAUUAUGGUCCUAGAGUUACAGUCCCGAGAAGUCUUCGGUGGGCAGCUUGCGGAGCUGUUUCUAUGAGCUCAACCACUGCUCUGCUGGUCCGCCUUUUUAGUCCAGAAUGUGAACCUCAGAAUAUAGCCGCGUAUGAUAGACGAAAGUAGUAAUAAGCUUCAUUUUUGGCUUAAAUUUGUGAUGCCUAAGAAUUAUAAUUACUCCUUGAAAAAAAAGAUCUCAUUACUUGUAGAACCCCAAGACUAAAUGCAUAUGUACUGUUGCUAAUGCCAAAAGGUUAAAUACAUAUGAGCCAUUGAAAGAUAUUUAAAUUCCAUUUGUCACGUAAUGUUUACACUACUCUAUGGUUUUUAAAUCAGUAGAGUUUUUUGACUUUUUGUGAAAAUAUUGAAUGCUGAUGAAAUAUGGGAAUCUCUCAGGGUGCC